AUGAAAAAAAUCUUUCAACUCUCAUUUACCAUUCUUACUAUUUUCAUCAUUCUUGUGUUAGGAGUGAUGGGGAAUGUGGAGCAAAACCGAUGUAUUGAACUUCCAAUUAAAUCAAAAACUGGUUUGUGUGUUCUCAAAGAUUGUGAGUCUUUUUGUAAGAAGAAGGGUAAAGGAUUAGAGGAUUAAAGGUUUGCCAAAGACAAAGAGCGCAAACAUUGCUACUGUUGUGGUCCAUGGCCUCCUCGUUAA